AUGGCAGAAGCCAAAUUUUCUCAGGAUGAGUUCUUGUGUUUAGUGUGUCUGGAUCUCCUGAAGGAUCCAGUGGCCAUUCCCUGUGGACACAGUUACUGUAAGAGCUGUAUUACAGGCUGCUGGGAUCAGGAGGAUCAGAUGAGAGUCUACAGCUGCCCUCAGUGCAGACAGACCUUCAGUCCAAGACCUGCUUUAGCUAGAAACACCAUGCUGGCUGAAGUGGUGGAGAAACUGAAGAAGACCAAACUCUCUGCUGACUGUGACGCUGGAGCUGGAGAUGUGCAGUGUGACGUCUGUACUGGAAGAAAAUACAAAGCCGUCAAGUCCUGUCUGGUGUGUCUGAACUCUUACUGUCAGAAUCACCUCAAACAACAUGAGAGUUUCUUUAAAGGAAAGAGAGACAGUUUGGCUGAAGCCACUGGACGACUGCAGGAGAUGAUCUGCCAGAAACAUGAGAAGCUCCUCGAGGUUUUCUGUCGCACUGACCAGAAAUGUAUAUGUGUGCUGUGUACGAUUAUUGAACAUAAAAACCACGACAUUGUACCAGCUGCAGACCAGAGGACAGAGAAACAGAAGCAGCUGAAGGAGACGCAGAAGACGCUCCAGCAGAGAAUCCAGCAGAGAGAGAAAGAUCUUCAGCAGCUGAGAGAGGCUGUGGAGUCUCAGAAGCGCUCUGCACAGACAGCAGUGGAGGACAGUGAGAGGAUCUUUACUGAGCUCAUCCGCUCCAUUGAGAGACACCGCUCUGAGCUGAUACGGCUGAUCAGAGAUCAGGAAAAGCAAGCAGUGAGUCUAGCUGAAGGACGACUGGAGCGACUGGAGCAGGAGAUCAAUGAUCUGAGGAGGAGAGACGCUGAGCUGGAGCAGCUUUCACACACACAGGAUCACAUCCAGUUCCUGCAGAGUUUCCAGUCUCUCUCAGCUCCUCCUGAAUCUACAGACGUAAAUGAUGAUCCCUUCAUUUCUCUCGUCUCUUUCGAUGAUCUGAGAGAAUCUGUCCAUCAGCUGAGAUACAAACUGGAGGAUUUCUGCAAAGAGCAGCUCAAGAAGAUCUCAGACAGAGUCACAUUCACCAACAUUGUUCUCUGGACCAGGAACCACUUCCUACAAUAUUCCCAUCAGUUCACUCUGGAUCUGAACACAGUGAAUAAACAACUCCGUCUGUCUGAGAACAACAGAAUGAUUACUUACACUAACACAGAUCAACCGUAUCCUGAUCAUCCAGACAGAUUCGAUGUGUGGUGGCAGGUGUUGUGUAGAGAGAGUGUGUGUGGACGCUGUUACUGGGAGCUGCAGUGGAGUGGAAAUAAUGUGUGUAUAUCAGUGUCAUAUAAGAGCAUCAGCAGGAAGGGUAAUGCCUGUGGGUUUGGAAAUAAUAAUCAGUCCUGGAGUUUGUACUGCUCUCGCUCCAGAUACUCAUUCAGACACAAUAACAUAUGGACUGAUCUCUCUGUGAAGUCCAUCAACAGGAGAAUAGGAGUGUUUGUGGAUCACGGUGCAGGAACUCUGUCCUUCUACAGCGUCUCUGACACAAUGAGCCUCAUCCACACAGUCCAGACCACAUUCACUCAGCCGCUCUAUCCUGGGUUUUGGGUUAAUGUCGGAUCAUCAGUGAAACUGUGUUGAUGAAUCAGAAUAGACUGAUGAGAGAUUCUACCCAUAAUGCUUUGAGCUGCAUGAUGAAUCAGUAACAGUGAGAUGUUAUAGAGUCUCUUCUUUUCUCAUUAAGGGCUCGUUCACAUAUCUCGCUCAAGUUCAUUAUUUCAAAUGUUCUGGUUUCUUCAGGCGAUGAACAGAACAGCUGAUCAUUAUAGAUUAUGAUUAUUUUUCUUUCUUGUUUUCUCGUGAUCUCGACAUAACGAAAGUAGUUUUUCUUACAAUGAUUGUUUGAUGUUUAUAACACAAUGCGUCGUGAGUCUGCUGUUGCUAUAGUAACGAGCGCUACUGUGACGCGCAUCUGAUCGACAGAUAAACCGCGCUCUUAUACUGUAUGUUGUGAUAUUUCACACACUUUUGCUUCGCAGAGUAAUAAACUCUACAAUAACCAAAUAUAUGCUAAUCAAUCACUGCUGAUUUGUUUCCAGAGACAGGACGCUAAACGUGUUGUUUGUGUAAUUAACAUGUUUAAAUGAUCAGAGCAGGGCAGGGGCUCAAACCAAAAAAGGGGGCACUAAGGCGGCGGGUGCUUGUUAAUACAAAUUAUCCAGUUAUUACAAAUAUACAAUUAAAAUAGAAGACGACACACUCUGUACUAAUUUCAGAUAUUAUUGUAGAUGUUUUAAUAGAACAUCACAAUUACACAUAAUAAAGAAUAACUGAUUAUAACAGAAACUAUUUACUGUUUUACAUA